AUGAGCUGCCGCCUGGGCUCCCCGCCCCUCCCCGCGCCGCCUGUGCGGAGCACGAUCUGCCAGUCGGGCGUCGACCCGGAGCUGCGGCGCAGGUGGGACGAGAUGGUCGCCGAGCGGUGCCGGCGCGCGGAGCAGGCCGACGGGGAGCUCGAGGCGGCGGAGGCGGAGUUCUUCGCGGAGGUGGCGGCGGCCAGGUCAUGGCCGCCGGAGACGCCCGACCCGCGGCUGGCGCAGUGGCGACGGGUCGCGUGGACACCCUGCUUCCAGGACCCGCAGCGGGGCAGCCCGGCCACCUCCGCAGACGGCGGCGGUGGCGCGGCGGCUCCCAAGGCUCGGGGCUGGGACGUGCAGCUGCAGGCGGUGGAGACGGAGCUGGCUGCGGACAGGGCCCGCUGGGGCGCCGCGGGCGAGGCGCGGGAGGAGGACGUGGAGAGGGCCGCGUGGUGGCUAGAGCUGCAGGGCAUCGAGGAAGAGCUGGCGAGGGACAUGGCGGCGUUGAGGGAAGCGGAAGGAUCGGGCUUCGAAGACGAGAAGUCGACACAGACAUAA